UUUUUUUUUUGGAAGUUGGGGGAGGGAAGAAGAAUCUGCAACUUUCCUGUCCAGCUUGAACGACACAAAUGAAUACUUUAUACUGUUCCAAGUUCAUCAUCCGCUUUUUCUCUGCUUGAGGACAGUUUUCGCGGCUGCUGGGUUUUGGAUAAUGAAAGAAUUCGGGAAAACCAAAAGGGAUCGGAUGAGAAGUGCAGAAUAAAAAAGUUUGGAAGGACUGCGGAAAAACUUUUGAAGCGGUUUUUUUUUUUCACCAUGCUGCUUUGGGAAACUUAUCCUAAAUCUGAUGAAGGAAACGACCCCCUUCUGCUUUCUCGGUAGAUUAGUUUGCUGAAGGACAAGAAAUUAUUAUUUUUUUUUUUAACUUUUUCGCAGUUGAACCCUCCCGCCCCCUCCCAAGAUGUCUUCCCAGAGUUGGAGCCCCAUUGUUGGAUUUUACGGGAUGCUUUGCGUCUCGGCUGCCUGGCUUUCAGGCUGCGGGGCAGUACUGUCUCCAAACGGGACGAUAUUUGAGGAUAACUGCAAGAAGACCACAACUUGCGAGGCGCUUAAAUACAACACAUGUUUGGGUUCGCCUUUGCCGUACACAACAUCUCUGAUCCUGGCGGAGGACUCCAGCACCCAAGAGGAGGCUUUUGAGAAGCUGACCAUGGGUUUGCGCAACGCCCCUCGCUGUUGGUCGGUCAUCCAGCCUCUGCUCUGUGCCGUCUACAUGCCCAAAUGCGAGAACGGCCGAGUUGAGCUGCCCAGCCAGAGCCUCUGUCUGACUACACGUCGUCCAUGUAGCAUUGUGGACCAGGAGAGAGGCUGGCCCAGCUUUCUCAAGUGUGACAAAUUCCCUGUGGGCUGUUCGAAUGAGGUGCAAAAGCUGAAGUUCAACACAUCAGGCCAGUGUGAAGCUCCCUUGGUGAAGACGGACAUUCAGUCGAGUUGGUACAAGGACGUAGAGGGCUGUGGCAUCCAGUGUGACAAUCCUCUGUUCACUGAAGAGGAGCACAAUGACAUGCACGCCUACAUUGCUUACUUUGGCACCAUCACCCUCCUCUGCACUUUCUUCACCCUGGCCACAUUUCUUGCAGAUUGGAAAAACUCCAACCGCUACCCAGCUGUCAUUCUCUUCUACAUCAACGCCUGUUUCUUUGUGGGCAGCAUCGGCUGGCUGGCCCAGUUUCUGGACGGUGCACGCAACGAGAUUGUAUGCAAGAGCGACAACACUAUGCGACUCGGGGAGCCCUCGUGAAAAACGCCGUCAUGUGUCACCAUCUUCAUCAUCGUCUACUACUCCCUGAUGUCAGGCGUGAUUUGGUUUGUCAUGCUGACCUAUGCCUGGCACACAUCCUUCAAAGCUCUGGGCACUACUCACCAACCACUGUCUGGUAGAACCUCCUACUUUCACAUGGUCACCUGGUCCAUCCCCUUUGUCCUCACUGUGGCCAUCUUAGCAAUUGCUGAGGUUGACGGAGACUCUGUGAGCGGGAUCUGUUUUGUGGGCUACAAGAACUACAGGUAUCGCGCUGGGUUUGUGCUGGCACCCAUUGGAGUGGUGCUUGUUGUUGGCGGCUACUUCCUCAUUCGAGGUGUUAUGACAUUAUUUUCCAUCAAAAGUAACCACCCCGGUCUUUUGAGUGAGAAAGCAGCGAGCAAAAUCAAUGAGACGAUGCUGCGGCUUGGAAUAUUUGGAUUCCUUGCUUUUGGCUUUUUUAUAACCUUUGGCUGCCACUUUUAUGACUUCUUCAACCAAGCUGAAGGGGAAAGAGCUUCAGGGAUUAUGUGCUCCAACGUGACAAUCGCCUCUCAGACCACAAGCCCUCCCAAAUGCACCAUUAAAAACCGGUCCCAUCUGAUGGUGGAGAUUAACCUGUUUUCCAUGUUGGGACGGGUAUUGCCAAUGAGCACCUGGGUGUGGACCAAAGCCACCAUCCUCAUCUGGAAACACUGGUGCAAGAUCAUUGGCCGUAGCGACAAUGAACCAAAGAGGAUAAAGAAGAGCAAGAUGAUCGCCAAGGCAUUCGCGAUGAGGAAGGAGCUCCACAAGGAUCCAGAGAAGGAGCUGUCCUUCAGCAUGCACACCGUGUCCCAUGAUGGACCCGUGGCCGGAAUCAAUUUUGAUCUAAACGAGCCAUCAAAUGACAUGUCAUCAGCUUGGGCACAACAUGUGACAAAGAUGGUGGCCAGACGAGGUGCCAUCCUGCCGCAGGACAUUUCUGUUACACCUACUGGUACACCAGUGCCCCCUCCAGAGGAGAGGAACCGCCUGUGGAUGGUGGAGGCUGAAAUUUCACCGGAUAUGAUAAAGAGGAAAAAGAAAAAGAAGAAGAGGAAGAAGGAGGUGCGUCCGGUCGAGGAGAUGGCGGACCACCAGGUUUAUCGUCAGCGUGAGUUUGGCCGCAGCUCAGUGCCCCGUCUGCCCAAACUGCCCCCUCACCCGAGCUUGGUCGCCAAUCUGCGGGAACAGCAGAGGCAACAGCAGAAGAUGGAGGAGGAAAUUCUGCCUGGGUCUUACCCAGACUUCCAACCUUCUCGCCGUCUCUCAUGCGAGGAGAGGUGUCCCUACCUGCAAUACCAGACCAGCCAGAAUGGCUAUGGCCACAGCCUGCUAUCUGACCCCCCAAACUUCAGAGAUCUUCCAGAGGAUCUGGGUCUCAGGCCACGCUUCCCUCCCUCCAAUUGGCAGCCCAGUGGAUCUUCACACUACCCUGGAGAGAUGGAUCCUACUGAUGGGAUAUCAGAGAGAAUGGCCCAUGUGGCUCGAGUACCGGCAGGCCGGAGGGCUGGUUAUGGACCUAUCCACUCUAGGACCAAUUUAAUGGAGGCAGAGCUUUUGGAUGCUGACUCUGACUUCUGAAAGUAUAGCUGAAAUAUACUGCUUUGUGGUACACACACACACAGAAAGUUAAAAAAAAAAAAGUGCUGGAUACUUUCACAAAGUCUUACUAAAGUGCAGCGAGAUCCCAAUGCCUGGACAUUAAGAUGGAACAAAGCUGGUAUAUAUAUAUUUUUUUUUUAUAAAACAUGAAAGGGAUAAAUGAAAAAAAAAAAAAGUGUGAAUAAGAAAAUAUUUUUAUAUUUUAUUUGUAUCCAGUAAAAUUAAAGGCAACUCCAGGACGACAAAUCAAAUAAGGCAGCUAAAACUGUACGUGGCUUGAAACAAUACAGAAACCCAGAUGUGUUUAUCCUGAAGCACCGAUUCAUUCAUCAGCCUGCAUCAGCUCAAACCUGCUGGUUACGACUUUAAGCUGUGUCUCAGUGGGGUCUUACGGUCUUAUCGCUGUCAGUUAAGGAUGAAUUACUUUUCCUGGUAUUAUGAAUAAAGGACUUCUUUACAAGAGAGUUCAGCAAUUCUAGAAAACUAUUUUAAAGUCAGUCUUUUUUGUAAUAUUUAAUUUUUUUUAUUGACAUCUUAUGUCAUGAGUAUUUCAACACUCCCACGGCAGUAGAGGCUGCAUAUCCAGUUUAAUUCAAGUCUUCUCUUGUAUUAUAUGUUUUGCUCUCUCUUUAAGCUACUAUAUAUCCAUGUUCUUAUGUACAGUUAACUUGAGGUACUAACCAUUAUCCUCCCCCUCAUUCUAUUAACACUAAUAUCACAAGUCAGACUUCCUAAAGAAUUUGCAAUACACACGUUUCCACACACCAUAAAACACGGCUUCUUUCUUUCACACUUUAUUUUUGAUGCCUCUAAUAAAUAGUAGAGCCUUUAAAAAAAAAAAAAAAAAGGAAAAUAAGCUACUGUUACUGUGUAGUUAUGUGUAUACAUGCUAUUGCCUGGGGCAAUAAUUCUACACUUUCUACUUUGCUUGGAGAAAAACUUACUUCACAGUUUUGCUGCAUUGGACUGAAAUCAAUUUUUCCUCUUAUAUGGUUCUUUUAAAGGGUUAUUUUUUUACACCUGUAUUUCUACUUUUUGCUAUUCUGUUGUACAUAUUCAGUCAAAACUGCAUCCUCCUCAGUUUUAUUUAAAAAAAACAAAAACAAAAAAAAAGCAAGACAGCUUUUUGGAUGAUGCUCUGCAGGGAGCUUAUCCAGAUCUGAAAAAAAAUGCAUUCUUUUUUAAGUCUCUGUCUUUCUGUGUGUACUGUUUCUCAAUCUGACUAUUAUAUUUCCAGAUGUAUAAAUCACUUGAUUCUUCUGCUCACAGGAUGCUGAAUAAAAGGGAAGAGUCAACCGCUCUAUAAAAAAGAAAAACCUGCCACUGUACUCGUGCUGUAACCAAAAUAUCACCUACUAUUGUCAUGCGUGUUCUUAAGCUCACUGUGGAUAAAUGAUGCUGAAGUAAACUGUUAAAUUGCUUCUUAGCCAACACAGACACAUUUCCUUACUUAGAUGUGUAUGAGAGAAUUAUUUAUGUUAUUAGUAGUUGCCACACUGCCAGCAACAACAAAAAAACAUAGCUGAUGUCCACCUAAAGUUUUGUGUUAAAAAAAAAAUUAAAUGAAGAUUACUUUUGAAAAGUAAGAAUUUGUUUUUGUAAGCUGUCUGAAGAUUAACUGUUUUCUGUGUUUAGUCAACCAACUGAGUAUGAAAAUACUGUCACUUUUACUGUGCAGCUGUAUUUUUGUUUUUAUAUGUAAAUAAAAGUAAAAGUGAAACAGCU